UGGCUGUGCGUGCCUAGCAAUGUGGUAACGACUCCAAAACUAAUAAUAUUUCUGAUUGGAAUAUCACCUACUCGAUCUUUGUUUUCACAAUGUAAAACAGUCAGGGAAAGUGCACAGAAAAGCAUGUAUGGCGCGAAGCACAGUGGAAACUUUGUUCAAGAAAAACAGUAAAUUAGAAAGCUUUUUAAAAAAAUCCCUGAACGAUGAAACAUAUGAGAGAGUGCGUGCCUAUGAAUCUUGCAUUAUUGUUUCGGAGAAGGAGAAUAAAGCGUUGAAAUAUGCUAUUUUGGGUGACGAAUGGAUAUAUCUUACUGAAAACCCACCUAAAAAUGUAGUAGAAGAGGUUUCUUUAAAAGAUAUAAUUUCUGUAGAUCAUGUAAAUGACUAUCCUGACUUCCUGUCAGGCGAAGAAAGAGAAAACACACAACAUUUGGUUGUCACUUACUGGACAAGUGAUUCUAAAAGACGAUCAAUACGACGCUCUAAGAGAUCUCCACGACCUGGAUCUGCAGCUACAGAAGGGGAUAGAUCAAAUGCUUCAACUCCACUUGGGUUUGCUUCUUCACAUGACUAUGGGAACCUAUCUGAAGAUUAUGGAUAUAUCACACAGAGUAUGUCAAGUUUACAAGUCAGUGGUAGGCCAGAUAGUAGAGGAUCAAUUGGGUCAGUCAGGGAGACAAAAGGAGGCAGUAAGAAGAAAAAAAGAUUUAGUGAAAGCCUAGAAGAUAGUUUCAUUCUAAAAUCUUUGAAAGAAGAGAGGGAAGACCAUUUGUUGGAUAUUGAGGAGAACAAUGAAUUAAAUCUUUCAACUAACUCUUAUCUACAGAAGCCAUUACCAAAGCGAGAAUCUGGAAAGAACAAAAGACUUCGGAAACCUUCAGGGGAGUCUGUGAAAUCCAAUGAAACCAUCUCAAGCAGACAGGGGUCAGUAAGACCAUUACCUAAUUUACAAAAGAAAAAUGCUUUUGAUACAUCUCAGGCAGACCAAAAAUCUGGUAUAACUGAGAAAUCUGAAUUAGUACCAAAUAAUGAAAUAGAAAAUCCUAAUAAAGCAAGCCUGUGUUGUUGUUUCCAUGGUAAAAACAAAAUAAUUCCAUCAUGUGGGCAUGGAGAUGAUACAACUGAUGAUUAUUAUGAAAAAAAGCCCAUAGAAAGCAUGGAAAGAAAAGUGCCUAUAAUAAGUACUGAAUAUCCCAUCAAGGAUGGCCAACCACCAGAUAUAAAUAUAGACAUUACUUCAGAUAUUGCUAAGGGGAUGAGGGGGUCUGUUUUAUCUGUACAGGAAACUGUUCAGUCUCGACGGUCUUCAAUCACUACUCUCAAGGGAGGUAAUUCCAGAGCAGGAACACCUGCCUUAGAAGGGGAAGCAACUCGAAGUAUGAGUUUACUUGGCAUUAAUCAAUCUACAUCAGACCUAGGGAGUUCAGUGAAUGGUUUGUUGCUAGGAACAGAAAGUCCUGGAGAGAGACGCAAGAUGGUACUCAACAUUUAUUUGCUCAACCUUCAUUCACCAAUGCUCAUGUUAAUAAGAAGUGCAUGGAGUAAUUAUCUCAUUAGGUGUACCUUGAUGUUAUAUCCCGAUUAUGAAAAAGCCUUUAGAUCCAGUAUUGUUAGAGGUCAACAGAUUCAAAGAGAGAAGAUGGAAGCUUUGUUCAACCAGCUAAAAAGAGAGUUACUUAAUCCUGAAAACACAAUGGAAGAUUCAUUUAAUUUACUUAAUGAACUUAGGGUUGCUACAGAAAGAAACUUUGCAUUAAAGAAAAUGUUUUGGAAGAAUACAGACAUGUUUUUGUUCCUUGUAAACCAGUUGCAACAUUAUCUACCAAAAUCACCAGUCAAUAUAAACACUGAGCAUGGAAGAAGUCAAAGAUGUGAUGAAUUAGAGCUAACUAUCUUGCUAACGGAAAUAAUGAGCUUAAUGUUCAGAGAAUCUGAGAUAAUUCCUGCGAGGAUACAAACAUUAAAGGCAGAAAGGGGAAGACCUGUGUUCGAUCUUUUGAAAGUCUUGAUAUGUACCCCUGAAGUUCCUGAAAAAAUGGCAGCACCCAGUGAUAGUGAUAGAGAGAUUGAUAAGCAAGUAUUAGAGUUUACCAAAGUUGCAUUGCAAGCAGUUUUUGAAUUGUUUCUCAUGGCUAAACAGGCAAACUGGGGAUUUAAUGAAGGGAAUUUCUUCAACAUUAGUUGGAUGGUAAAAACAUUAGAAGAAAUGAGAACUGUGGAACUAUUUGUGGAAAAGACAAUUGACAUAAUGAUGAAAAUGAUUAGACCUCCCAGAACAGAUGUUUUAUCACCCAGUGAAGCUGUAUUGCUAUACUCUAUAUUCUCAGUCUUACAGACAUUACUUGAAUAUAGUCCCAAAAUAGCCAAUUAUAUCAAAUCUCAUUAUCAUGAAGAAUUUAAAUAUUUUGUGCAGGCACCUUCAAUAAUGAAAAAACUGCCAUCCAACUAUCCACUAUAUAACCUGACACUAAGCCUGCUAGAUAAAGUGAUGAAUAUGGUUGUUGAGGCUCAAACAACAUUAUCAUUUCCCAAAUCACCAAGAUAGUGUACAGCAUAGAAUGUUUGAUUAAGAUUGACAAUUUUCUAUAGGAAUUGAAAUUCUAAAAUAGUGAAUGUCAUGAUUUCCAAUAGAAGAUAAACAUUUAGCACAUUGAACUGGUAUUAUUAUUAUUUUACACAAGGUAACCACAAUCUUGUUUUACUGGUAGAAUAUAAAGUUCUUGUGGAAAUUUAACAUGAGGAAAAUAUAUAACACAUAAAUAUAAGUAACUGUUAGCUCAUGUGUGAAUCAUCUAUUUUGUUUAUUUAUAAGGAUGUAUGGUUUAAUAUUGACAAUUAAAGAGUAAAUAUGAUAUAAUA